AGUUUUUUUUCUAACGUGCGAACAACAAACAAUGUCCCCCAGAUACAGUCACAAUACGGUCAUUUUCGCACGCUGAUGUCACGCCAAUAAUCAAGGGUCGCGAGUACAUGCGCGCCGAAACGUCGUAUCGCCACUCCACAGGCACGGCGCGGUCUCUGCGCCGUUACGGCCUACAGUCCGUCGGUCGUGCAGCGUAACGGCGCUCGAAAAGUAAAAGAAAGAAAUAUAGAAAUCCAUCUGCAACACCACCAUUAGGAGCGGUGCUCUCCUCAGCCGGUCCGCUUUGGAGCGGGAAAAAAAAAAAAUAAUCAAAGGCCCCCCUCGAAAACGGCCGCGUCUUGGCGAGGCGCAAGAGCGCGCAAGAGCGAGCGGUGCACGUAGCGAAAGUCCUCCCAGGAACCAGGUCAAUAAUUGGGGCCACGGCGCCGGUGAGGAGAAGACCAGGACGAUGCUUCCAGAGCCGCUCCGGCCGUCGGCGCUCGCUGAACGUCCUGCAGAAACAGGGAGUUGCUCCGCUGUACGGCCCUGUGACACAACGAGCCGGCGUAGUGCACGCCUUCGAGCCGCUGUCUUCGAAUGGUCGUUCUGAAGCCGCUUGCCUCAAGCUGCUUGCUCCAAGGCACCGUCUUCAGACUCUCGUCUCCAAGCCUUGUCUCCAAGCUGUAGUGUCAUCAAGUGGCUCUCACCAGGCGUCUGGCUUCAGGCCGUAGUUUCGCGCAGGUGUUCUCAGGUUGCUGUCCUCGAGCCACUAUCUUCAGACAGUUGUCUUCAAAGCGACAUCGGUUCGAACGACAGUCUUGAAGCAGUUCUCUCUCAGGCCUCUUGUUCCAAGUUGGUGUACUCAACUUGCGGUCUUUAAGUUACGGUCUUCAAGCAGGUGUCAUUGAGUUGCUGUCCUCAAGCUCCGCCAUCUUCGGACGGUUGCCGCCAAGGCACCGUCUUCAAGAGACAACCUUCUCCAAGCCGCUCUGCUGCAGUAGCGGUCGCAGGCGUCAUGGCACGAAGGCAACAAUUUUUUAACUUGGUCCUUGUGGCGGUAAUAGGGUUCGCGUUCCUGCUGGUUUACAGUGACGCAGGGCAGUCGCAGGGGCCCUUUCAAGGUCCUCAGGAGAUCAGCAACACAAGCUGGGAGGAUCAGGUCAACAAGUCUAAGGUGAACAUUGACGCCGUCGCCAACGAGAUUUUCCCGUAUGUCGUGGAGGGCUCUUCGGAACUGGAUGUCUCCGUGGACUGCAUGACGGCGUUGCUGAAGACUUUCAAGGCCUUCAGGGAUCUGAAAGGAUGGGCCGUAAGGCUGAUGGACGCGUCGGGCAAGCUUCCCGAGGGCCUGCUCGAAGGCCGCAUGGCGUCCAUCGGCUCGUACGACGAGUGCAUGGACCUGGUGGCCGAGUACAAGACCAAGGAGCUGUACCGGGGCAAGUACUGCACCGUCAUGCUCUCCUCGGGACACGACGUCCAGGAGAUGUUCAACAACGAGAGCGACGCCGCCGCACACCUGUCCACGCUUCUCAGGCACCCCAAGCGCAUGACCAAGAUCGUGUACCGGGUGGCUGCGGCAAGCCGCAAGUUCCGGCUAGGCAUCUGCGUGCCUUCCGUCUGUUCCCUGGAAGACGUGCAGAACGUCGUCGCACACACAUCUGCCAAGUCCAUCGGCGCGAGGACCCAGGUGACACGCUGUGAGGUCAAGCAGGCCGCCCACGUGUCCGGUCUGCAGGGCUUUCUUAUAUUUUCGCUGUGCCUGCUCGUCUGUUUGGUCCUGGUAGCGACCGUGCUUGACGUGAGAUCGGAAGACAACGCCCAGAAGGCGCUGCCCGGAGCCGGUUUCCUGACCAACUGCCUGCUGUCCUUCUCGUUCACAAGAAACCUGGGUCGUUUGACGUCUCCCCAGGAGCCCGAGGCCCUGGGGGCGGCCCAAGGGGUGCAGGCCAUCAGCAUGGCCUGGCUCAUCUGUGGCCACACCUACUUCCUCACCGAGAACACGCACAUGUUCAGCGGGUUGUUGAGGGCUUACGACAGCAUCUCCGGUGACAUCCUUUUUUCCCCUUUUGUCAACUUCACCCUGGCUGCGAACACCUUUUUCUUGACAGCUGGGCUCUUUAUAGCCUACAAAGCCGAACUGAGCUCGUACAUGUCUGUCGCCGCUUUUCUAGUGCAAAAGUAUUUCAGGAUGACUCCUCCGUUCCUGCUGGUGCUGAGCCUGCUGCUGCUGGUGCCGCUGACGAGCGACGGCCCCUUCUGGAAGGACUACGCGGGAGUGGAGAUCGAGCGCUGCUCGUCCGUCUGGUGGACGAACCUCUUCUACGUCAGCAACUUCUGGAGCGCCGAGCAGAUGUGCCUGUUCGUGACCUGGUUCCCCUCUACCGUGAUGCAGUACUCCGUUGUGGGGCUGCUCUUGCUCAUCCUCAUCAAGAAAAACUUCAAGGUGGGCUACGCGAGCUUGCUUGGCUUUGCGGUCGCCGGGUGCGUCGUCACGGGAGCCGUCACUUUCGCCAAGGACCUUCCGCCGGGGAGCAUCUUCGAGCCAAACUACAGCGAAGUGGAGCGGCUGUCGACCUGGGUGUACCACAAGCCUUACACCCACCUGGGCUCCUUCUGCGUCGGCAUCGGGCUCGGCUGCGCGCUCGCUCAGUUCGGAAAGAGCAGACUCUCCAAGCUGGCGUACGUGCUGGGCUGGGUGGCGUGCGUGACGACCACGAGCGUGCUCUUCCACUGCGGCUUCGGCUGGAGCCUGGACCAUGCCAGUCCGGCCGGGGCCGCCCUCUACGCCGCCCUGCAUAGGACCCUGUGGGCGCUGGCCGUGGCCUGGGUACUCUACGCGUGCGCCACGAGGCACGCCCGCUUGCUGAACGACUGGCUGUCGUGGGGACCCCUGAAGGUCGUCGGCCGCCUGAGCUACUCCAUGCUGCUCGUCCACCCGCUGGUCAUCAUCUCCCAGAAGGCUCAGAACCGCCACAUCACCUUCUUCUCGCACUUUGAUAUGAUGCACCUGUUCUUCGGCCACUACAGCAUCUCCCUGGUUCUCUCGUUCUUCGUCUACCUGGCCGUAGAGGAACCGUUCGCGCAGCUGGGCGAGAUCUUCAGCUCGUGCGAGCUGUGCUGCCCGCCCAGGCUGAAGCAGCUCACGCAAGACGUGUACGCCGGCAUCGCUUCCCGCCUGCCGGUCAAGAAGGAAAACGCAGACCCGGUCAAGGCCAAGGCCGACGGGAGGGACCCGGAGAACGGCGUCAUCGAAGACGUGCGACAGGAGCCGGCCGUGACGACCACGACUCCGGCGACGACCGAAGAUCGGGACAGGGCCGAAAAGGACCACCGUAACGAUGCUCAGGAGGCUCGCGUCUGAGCCGAACUUGGCUGAUGUAACGUGGACCACACUCGGAAGUUGUAUACACCUUUUCCGGCGCUUAUCGUCCGGGCAAAAGAUGCGGACUCACGGUGUUCUGGACGCAUGCGCGGCAUAUGGUAUUUCGCGGAAGAGAGCUACCGCGCAUGCUCGGAACCUGUUCCACAGCCCAGUCGAAAAAGAUGGCGGCGCGCAAAAAGCGGUGAUUGGAGUGGUGCAUGCCCCUACCCACAGACAGAGUACGUGGCGGGAGAGAAGAGUAAAUUAAGGUGCAAGUUAAACUCCGUUCUCUGUUAAACUGCGACUACACUUCUCGUACAUCAUACAAAGGACACGGUGCUCGCCGCUGACACGACGACGGAGUAGGCUGUCUCCAAAAAUCUGUGCAUGCAACACUGUGCUCGCUGCAUCAGGGAACCUGGUUGGCCAUGGAAGGAGUGGCGUAGUUUCGGUUUCGAUCGCCCCGCUGACAAAGUGUAGUGUAUCUCGGCACUGCACAAAAAUUAGUUCGGCGCUCCUUCGCAUCGCACCCAUUCACCUUGGUAAAAGCAUCACCUAAGACACUGACCACCAGCGGCCGUAAGGGCAUGCCUUGGGCUUAGCGAGGAGUCCGGUCGCGUCCCAUCUCUCUCUGGCGGCCUGGCAACCACUCCAGAGUUGCGGCACGUCCCUCUCCGUUUCACGGAUAAUUUAAGAAGUCCAGGGUACCGAGGAGCCGAUGAUACAGGAUGACCGGCACAGUAUACUUCUUCCAUGUGCCAUCUUCAAUCUGUGUUUACCUACGUAUACAAGCUCCGGCACGUUGGAAGCCCAUAAAAAUGCACCCCAGUCUUCCAUCGGUAUCGGUAGGGUAACGCCUCAGAUAUUAUAAAUUUUAAAGGAAAGUCGCACAGUUGAAAAUGCAAGCGCUGUAUUUGGUCUUGACGUGACGUCGUGAAGUGACCUUUGCCAAUCGAAAUCGAAACCUAGUGGCUCAACGGGUUCCCAAAAUCUUUUUGCGCGGCAUUUCGCCGCUAGUACCAAAUUCUGUUCAAGAAUGAGUAUUUGAUCUGUGGACACGGUCUCGAGCAUUUUCGAAGCAUGUUAGCGUCAUACAUAUUUAUGCAUCAAACACGACUGCGGACGGUUUUUUGCAUGAUGUGUCAGCAAUGUGACCAUGACUUUCAGUUGACAGGACGGUGGGACCAACGGAUCUGUUGAACCUAACGCUCCUCAAUGAAACCCAAGCUGAACGUUUCUUAGAAGUCCCGACAACUAGGGUUGCGCGAAAAAGCGAGACUCGUGCCAGGAGUGAGUCCUCGGCCGCAAUUUUUUUUGCUUCCGAGAGUGGCUCGUUUCAGUGCUGCGCCGCCAUUUGCUUCCCAGGGUGGUAUACGAGGCACGUACCUGGUGUGCGUUCGCGUAUCUGUAUACCUGAGAGACAAGCACGAGCGCGUCGAUAGGCUUUAGUUGGACCAGUCAGCCGCCAGUUUUCACCUGGUCAGGCUUUAUGGGCACACUCAUGCGGAGAGAGUGGGGACGGACGAUAAAAGACGGGCGAUUGUUUGGUACGGCAAGCACCUAUAUAGCUUCGACCGUUUUGUCGGCUUAGCCUUAAACCGAGUGUGGCUGGUGAAACGUCGUAACGCGUUUCCCGAGUUUAAAGUUGUUUCCACGUUGAGAGAUACGAGUCAAGGCUGAGGGCGUUGGACUUAAAAUGCCUUCGGGAAAGGCUCUGAAUGUAGUUUUGUCUGAAAUCCGAGAGCUCAAAACUAUAGCAUCGCUGGGAAGAUCAAAAUACCGGAGGAACUUCUGCUGGCAGGGAUUUCAAACAAGAACGAGCACGGAACAAAGGUCCCGAAGUGACGAUUUAGAAGCUUCGGUUGCAUUUCCUAAUAGAGGAUUUGCCUAGCCGUAACUUGCCGCUUGUUGAUUUUUUUUUUCUUUUUUUAAGCAAGAAGGCUUCAUUACGACGUUUAUUGAUAACCUGACGAAUGAUAAUACUUUCUUUCAGAAAAUAUCAGUGCAUCGUAGUGGCCGUUCUUAGGGAAGAAAUGGCACUCUGUUCCCUCUCGCGAGGUUUGUCACGUUUGCGGGUAAUGAUUGGGCAAGAUGGCCGACUUUCGAGCCUUCUUUUUUUCUUUUUCUGUGAAGUGUGUUUUAUAUGAUAUCGUCGUUAGAGCUUGCACUAUAAAGAAAUCUGGAGCCCCGUCAUUUGCAGAGCGCCCUCUGCAGAUCGCCGAGAUUGGAUCUCCCGAAUGCUUCGCGGGAGAGCACAAGCUCCAGAUUACAUAGAACGGGGUACGCGUGUACGCGUGCAAAACCACAAAUCGUAUGGCGGACAGAAAGAAUGUUCACGAGGUAAAGAACACUUUUAUUCUUCCACUGUAUGAUACUGUACAUAUCGGUCUGUACUCUUUGAAGGUGAUAUUUGUGUAAAUAAAGCAUGAUAUAUACUUUGCAAAUUCAAAGUCGGCGAA